CGGGGGCGGCAUCAACAUAAACACAAUGAAGAACGACGGGGCCCAUUCCGAAGCAGGUCCCGGGGCAGCAGACGGUAGCUCACGUGCAGAGACUAACAAACUGACUAAUCCAGAGACAGAGUUACCCGUCAAAGAGGACAUGAUGACGACCGCCCCACACAAGUCCAGACAGCCCCGUCUGUGUCGGGGGCCCUGCGAUGACUUCAUCUGUUUAGGAAAUACCCCUGGCUCGGCCCGAGCGCUGAGCUCAGAGACGUGUAGACGUUGGCCCGACGCAGAUCACCAACGACCAAGCCUUAACAUGGAAACGCUCUGUAGCGUUGCAGGGGUGGCAGUCGAUGAAAGAUUACAAAAAGUGAACAUUAAUCUUCUGCUACCGGGCCUAGACACAGACUCUCCAAACGGGAACACCGGGAGAGACAGCCCCCAGCCAGACUAUAGCAGGAAGAAGAAGAAGAAAAAGAGAAGAUGUAUCUCUCUGCUGGAGAAAAGGGAUCUCAGAGGACAGCUGAGCACAGAGGCGGAGGAGCAGAGUGUUCGGAGAACCGGGACAGAUCCACGCUCAUCAAGGAGCCACGGUGGAGUCCGGGGGGGUGAGGAACCCAUUUCAGGUUCACUCCCAAGUACAGAUGUAACCCAAACAUCUAGUUUGAUAGAAAACCCCUCCGAUUACAGCUAUCCCUUGACUCCCCUGCCUGACAAUAAACAUGGUCAUUUACCAGGUCAUCCUGAUGGCCUAGCAUUCUCCAGUGCUUCUAUCAGCGAUCGACAGUGCAACACACUCCACUGCCCCCGAGCGAAGACAAUCAGUCACCAAGCCUUCUGCACACACCGUCUGGCUGAUGACAGUCAUGCACCGACCCCAGCUGACUGUGCUACUGUGGCCACACAUUUACAGGCUGAAGGACCUUCGCUGCAGACCACAUCGACUGGAUUGACUCUAACCCCGGGGUCGUUGACCCUGAAGUCUGUCUGUGAGAGCAGCUUCCUGUCAGGAGACGAGAGAGCUGCUGAUCAUGGGGGGACUCCCCAGCAGCCCCAUGAAGAGAACCCUUCUCUUAAAGCAAGGAAUUGCAUCAGUGGUGGUGCUGCCAAGGCCAAUCCUUCUAGCAACAGCAUUUCACAUGGUGGAGAAUCAAAUGCUUCAACGAUGGAAGCUGCUCAAAAUGAUGAAGAAAGGUCACACUUGGCUGCAGAGACGGGAUUCCCUGGCGGAGACAACCUUACAGAGUGUCCUAGAGAGGCACAGCAUACACAAUGGCUGGAAAUAGACGGUCGCAAGACGGUUCCGCUCAGUAGCUCAGACCUACCCCAGUCUACCAUAGUUAUGAUUGGUCCUGAUGCACAAGUGCUGACCCAAGAUUUAAAGAUGGGACUCUGUUCAGUUAUUGUCGAUAAUCCAGUUGAAAGUCAUUUUAUUUUAGACUUCAGUAAAGUGUCGCCUGAUGCAGAAAACACAUCACCAGAUACUCAACAUGUUGAGACAAUACCAGAGAUUAGUUUAUGUUCAGGGAAUACCUCCACAGUGGGAAUUCAAUCUCCUGUAACACAUAAAGUAACCGUUGAUUUUUGUCACCCAAGCUCUUUUCCUUCUGAGGAAAUAUCUUCUAAUUCUUCAAUAAGCUUAGAAGGUUUACUAAAUAACAGGCCAAUGGCAACUGAUACAUCUCAGUUAACUCAGAACCAUGGGGGUCAUUGCAGCACAGAUUCAUCCAAUUAUGAGCAGAAUAUUGCAGAUAUGUCGGACAAUACUCUACAAGUCUUGGAUACAAAUAAGAGAGACAAAGCUAUAAAUGAGGCUGAAAGGCUAGAUGCGUCAGAAUACCCAUCAGAACUAAAAGGUCCAAUAGAGGGACCUGGCACGACAUCUGAAACGGGGGGGGAUGUGAGUGACGCACCGGACUCUAAGAACAAAGUGUUCGCCAUGUCCUCCUUUUGGAACGAGAUGGAGAGGCUAACGAUAAACGACAUCUUGGGCUUAAGAAUGAUCUCCGUGAGCCCUCUGCCUCCGUCCCCUCUCCUCUCGCCUCUCCUCUCGCCUCUCCUGCAGGGCGAGGAGGCGGACGUGAAUGACAAGGCGGACUCAGGCUACUUCACCCCUCAGCUAGACGAGGCCACAACGCGGUCCACAGUUACUGAUUCGGAGCAGGCUACGGUGAACUCUGCGGCUAGCAGACAUGAUUCAUUGGGUUCGCUGGAUGUCCUGUGGGAUGGGGAGCCUCUCCCUGGGAUGUCGGGGGCUGGGAUCAACCCUGAGGACACGGUGUUGACCUCUGACACUAAUCCACAACCCCAGCUCUCUGCCGGCAGCGAGGAAAGGCACGGCAGACCCAUGUUAAAAAACACAAGCUUGUACAAUCUGCACGCUAUUAACGCUGAACAGUUUGGCCGGAUGCGGAACGUUCCGACUUUGGCAGCAGUUCUUCCGGAGGAGAGCGAGUUGGAGAGGGAAUGUUUAUCAGAUGUACCAAGGCCACGUGGCGACGGCGGCACGGACUCCACGUCCUCAUCCUUAUUCUCUGAGGGCACGCCAGCAGAGAGCUACCGAAUCUCACUCCCAGCUAUAUUAAAGUGCCUCUUUGGGGGCAAGCAAUCAAAUCCAAAGCCACCGGAUUCAGAAGAUACAGGAAUUUACUGUGGAAAUACCGUCCCGGAGACGUACGAUCAAUUCUUCUCCGAGUUUGACUGCGGAAGCUUCUUCGACCCUUUCGACCGGACAGAGGAUCGACCUACCGACCGGCCAGUGCCUGUCCUCUCUCGCUCUCGCUCCUCCAGCAGAUACCUCCAGUACCCGGAGGCCUUCGACCACUUCCUAUCCUCUCCCUCAUCCUCCGAUGGCUCUUCAGAGUCUGAGGAGGACCCGGGUGACGGCUGGGGUCCGGUACGGGUGGUGACCCGCCUCAGCCCCAGAACCGCCGAGCCUCUGGAGGCCUCGACAGACAUUUAUGAGAACUUCUUCACAGACACGGACCUUCCUAAGAACCUCUUCUGGAGCCCCACGUUCUCACUCAGGAACAUCCGUCUCAGCGGCCCCGUGAGCGGGACCCCGCAGAGCUCCGGACCUUUGACCCCUGGGGAUCAGGGGAGCGUGCAGAGGCGUCGUCGGGUUUUCUCAUCCAUCGACGCUCUGGACCACCACGACCGGCUGGUCCCGGAGCCAGAGCUGGACCACUUUGAGGAGAGGGUCUACCGGCAGCUGAACCCGUUCAGCUUUGAUGACCUCCAGUCCGCCGCUUCACAUCCCCCCCCGGGAGUGUCCCUGGUCCCUCUGAGACACUCAGACAUGUGCUUGGUCUGCAUUGCCUUCGCCUCGUGGGUGCUGAAGUCCGCUGAUCCACAUGUAGGAGACGCCUGGAAGGCUGUUGUCCUAGCCAAUGUAAGCGCCCUGUCUGCCAUUGGAUACCUGCGGACACGCACAAGGGAGCGUUCCAGGAACCAUGCUACUCUGGGUCGGCCCGCGCUGGAAGGACCUAGCGACUCGUCUUGUACAUGGCAACCACCUUUUGGGGUUUGUUAUUUCACUACUCGUGAACGCCAGAGGGCAACAUACUACGGAGAAAUAUCUGUGAAAUUGAAUAUGAUUGAAGAUUUCUACCACCAGAUGGCGUGCUAAGACUGACAAACAUGUCUUUUGUUCACGUCGUAGAACGUAAACGAUGAAACUUUCGUGUGGCUGAUCUUCACUCUUUAAUUUAACUUUACUCCAUCUUCUAAAUGUAUAUUGUAAAAAAGCUUAACCAAGUAACCUAUAGUUACUUUCUUUAUACAUUGAUAAAUACAUUUUAUUUUUUGUGAAAUAUCAGAACUAGUUGUACAAUGAAGGUCAACCAAUUUUUUAAUUUUUUUUAAUUUGCAAAUAUAAAUAAACACUUCAAACAAAUAGGAGCAAGCUACCCCAACAUCUGCGUGUUGUAGUAACUAUUGUUAAUAACACCAUUACAUUCAAGCAAUCUAGUUCUGUCGUCAUUGCAUAAUAAAAUAAUAUUUACAAAAUGUACAUGCUUGAACAUAUUGAUCCUUGUUGGAAUGGUUUAUAUAUUAGAAAGUCACGAAUAAAAUAGAAGCCAGAAACAGGACGGUAGGUUCUUAAAUAUAAAAAAUAGGCUGAACUACAAAAUGACUCACAGUAUUAACAUCAGCAAUCACGCAACACACUCGUACAAAAAUAAACAUCCAGCACUCGGGCUUG